AUGGAACCAGGAAACCAAACACAGUUUCCAGGAUUCAUUCUUUUGGGGCUCUCAGAAGAGGCACAGAUGCAGCCCCUCCUCUUUGGGCUUUUUCUGUCCAUGUACCUAAUCACCUUCUCUGGGAACCUGCUCAUCAUCCUGGUCAUCAUCACAGACACCCACCUCCACACCCCCAUGUACUUCUUCCUCUCCAAUCUCUCUUUUGCAGACAUCUGCUUCACCACCACCACUCUCCCAAAGAUGCUGCUGAACAUUCAGAUGCAGAAUAAAAUCAUUACCUAUGAAGACUGCAUCACCCAAAUGUUUUUUUUCAUGGUUUUUGGAGAACUAGACAAUUUCCUCUUGACAGUGAUGGCCUUUGACCGGUUUGUAGCCAUCUGCCUCCCACUGCACUACACGGUCAUCAUGAACCCCAAGCUCUGUGGCCUCACACUUCUGGCAUCCUGGAUAUUGAGUGUUCUGAACUCUCUAUUACAUAGCUUAAUGGUUUUGCGACUGUCUUUUUGUACAGAAUUAGAAAUCUCCCACUUUUUCUGUGAAUUUAAUCAGGUAAUCCAACUUGCUUGUUCUGACACCUUCCUCAACAACUUAGUGAUGUAUUUUACAACUGGACUUGUGGGUGUCAUUCCACUCACUGGGAUUCUUUUCUCUUACACUAAGAUCGUGUCUUCCAUUUUGAAAAUUUCAUCAGUUGGGGGCAAGCAUAAAGUCUUUUCUACUUGUGGGUCUCACCUCUCAGUCAUUUCCUUGUUCUAUGGUACAGGUCUUGGAGUUUAUCUUAGUUUUGCUGCUACCCAAAACUCCAGGACAACUGCAAUGGUCUCAGUGAUGUACACUGUGGUCACCCCCAUGCUGAACCCCUUUAUCUACAGUCUUAGAAAUAAGGAUAUAAAGCAGGGAGUAAGAAAACUGUUCAACUGGCAGACAUUCUCCACGUAA